GCGCUCGUCCCCUCCCCCGCCCAGGCUGUGGCGCGCGCGCUCGCUCGCUCUCCCUUCAUUUUUUUCUCCCCUCCCUCCCAGCUUCUCUCUCUUUUUCUCUCUCUCUCUCUCUCCCACUCCCUUUCCCUUUCCCUCUCCCCCUCAAGCUCACGGCUGCCCGCGGCUCUCUCGCGCUCUCGCUCUCUCUCCGGUAGGCUCCACAGAGAGAUGCGAGCCCUGGGAGGCAGCGACGCCGCCUCCAGCUAAAGACCUGCCCCCUGGCCCGGCCCGGCCCCUUGCCCAGCCCUGCCCAGCGCGCGGGGGUCGGCGAAGGCGCCGCGGAAGCACGGACGGCUGAGGACCCGCGAUGCACAUGCACUAGCAGCACCCCCUAACUCACUCCCUCCACACCCCGCGCCGCCUCCUCCUCCGGCAGCAGCGGCAGAAGGACCCACCCUGCCCCCCACCCCACCCUCUGCCGGCUCCGGCUGCGGUUACUGCCUCGACUAUUAUUUUAUUUAUUUUGGGUCGUGCACAAGCCUCAGUGCCUGCAGCCCGCGCCUCCUCGGACCACGGGCGCUUCCUCCCUCGGCUUCGGAGCCCCAGACCCCCGCCACCCUCGCCUCGACACCCCCUGAGCCCCGCCAGCUGCCGCGAGUCUCCGUGGCUGAAUCUUGUUAGCCGCUGUCUUUUUGGGGGGUUCAGGUUUCCUGACAUUUUUGUUUUCAGCGAAAGGGAGGCUAUCGUGAUUUUUCCCCCUUUGAACCCAGGCUCUGCUCUCUGGGGGGGGUGGGGGGCGCGCCGAGCCGGGGAGCUGUGCCAGCCAAGUCGUGCGGGCUGUGGCAGGGAAGGGGCCACCAUGGGAUGUACUCUGAGCGCAGAGGAGCGAGCUGCCCUCGAGCGGAGCAAAGCGAUUGAGAAAAACCUCAAAGAGGAUGGCAUCAGCGCCGCCAAAGACGUGAAAUUACUCCUACUAGGGGCUGGAGAAUCAGGAAAAAGCACCAUUGUGAAGCAGAUGAAGAUCAUCCAUGAAGAUGGCUUCUCUGGAGAAGACGUGAAACAGUACAAGCCUGUUGUCUACAGCAACACCAUCCAGUCCCUGGCAGCCAUCGUCCGGGCCAUGGACACUUUGGGCAUCGAAUAUGGUGACAAGGAGAGAAAGGCUGAUGCCAAGAUGGUGUGUGACGUGGUGAGUCGGAUGGAAGACACGGAGCCCUUCUCUGCAGAGCUGCUCUCCGCCAUGAUGCGCCUCUGGGGCGACUCAGGGAUCCAGGAGUGCUUCAACAGGUCCCGGGAGUACCAGCUCAAUGACUCGGCCAAAUACUACCUGGACAGCCUGGAUCGGAUCGGGGCCGCCGACUACCAGCCCACCGAGCAGGACAUCCUCCGAACCAGGGUCAAAACCACCGGCAUCGUAGAAACCCACUUCACAUUCAAGAACCUCCACUUCAGGCUGUUCGACGUCGGGGGCCAACGAUCUGAACGCAAGAAGUGGAUCCACUGCUUUGAGGACGUCACGGCCAUUAUCUUCUGCGUCGCACUCAGCGGCUAUGACCAGGUGCUCCAUGAAGACGAGACCACGAACCGCAUGCACGAGUCUCUCAUGCUCUUCGACUCCAUCUGUAACAACAAGUUCUUCAUCGAUACCUCCAUCAUUCUCUUCCUCAACAAGAAAGAUCUCUUUGGUGAGAAGAUCAAGAAGUCACCUCUGACCAUCUGCUUUCCUGAGUACACAGGCCCCAACACCUAUGAAGAUGCCGCCGCCUACAUCCAAACACAAUUUGAAAGCAAAAACCGCUCGCCCAACAAAGAAAUUUAUUGUCACAUGACUUGUGCCACAGACACGAAUAACAUCCAGGUGGUGUUCGACGCCGUCACCGACAUCAUCAUUGCCAACAACCUCCGGGGCUGCGGCUUGUACUGACCUCUUGUCCUGUAUAGCAACCUAUUUGACUGCUUCACGGACUCUCUGCUGUUGACGUUGAUCUCCUGGUAGCAUGACCUUUUGGCCUUUGUAAGACACACAGCCUUUCUGUAUCAAGCCCCUGUCUAACCUACGACCCAGAGUGACUGACGGCUGUGUAUUUCUGUAGAAUGCUGUAGAAUCCGGUUUUAGUUGAGUCUUUACAUUUAGAAUUUGAAAGGAAAAGAAGAACAUUUCUCAUGUGCUUUGUAGCUUAAAAAAAAAAAACAAAAAACAAAAGGAAAAAGGAAAACUCACCAUCUCAUCCAUCUUUCUUUUCUUUUUUGAAGAAACGUACGUACACUCAUGCAUCCGCGCCCUCCCCAUCCCACCUGCAGAGGUGCCGCCUGUCUGCACGGGGGCGCUGGUCCCCACAGAGGCCCAGGCCCCACUUUCCAGACGCGGCCUCACCGCCCACAGCCCUCCCCCAACCCAGACCCACAGCCCUGAGACCCUCCAACCACACGCUCGCUCCAGGUUUGUAUAGAAAAAGCACAGCUCUCACUGGCCAGUAGCUGCCCCCAAAAGAAUACAGAACAUAUAUAUAAAUAGAGCCCUAUAGAAAACAGUUUCCCCCAACCCCUUUCUACAGUUACUUUCUCAUCUUUUUUCCAGUUGUUUUAGUUUUUCUUUGUCCUGAUAAGAACUAUGUAUUACAUACCAGGUCAGCUUUCAGUCUUUGGGAACCGGGUUGUGGUUUACCCCCUGCUGACAUUUCGCUUCUCCGUCUCUCAGAUGGAUGUGUGCGCACCCCUCCACCUUUUCCUUUGUUUCAGUGACCUGUGUUCGCUCUUUCUCAUGUGGGGAUGUUUGUGCUGCAGAUACAAACAAAAAUUUUUAAAUACCACAAGAUGGGAAAAAAAAAAAAAAAAGAUGGAAUGUAGUGUUUACAUGAAAGCCACAGUUCUCAUGAUCAGCCCACUGUCAUUUCUACUUUGACUAGUAUCAAACCCCAAACCUCUUCACGGUUUCACUUUUAAGACUUAAUAUUUGCUGAAGACCAGUCACAGCCAUUUCAGAUAAAGAGGCAAAAAGACAAAACACAAAAAAACUAAAAUGCAGAAAAAUAAAAAAACUUGGAAAAAAAAAAGGAAAAAAAAAAAAAGAAGAAGCCCACGGGUCUUUCUAAGCCUUUCUAUUCCCAAUCGGUGAGGUUUCUGUGAUAUCUUACACACUGCCAGUCUACUUCUCUGACUAAUGGAAAAUUCAUGUGUAGCUCAAUAAAGAGAAUGUUUGUCUGUA